AUGACCAGAUCCAGUUUGUCUACAGGGCAAUUCUGUUGUGUACGAUGCCGAUCUCUCAUCUCUACCGUGGCUAUAUAUAGGCGUGUCAGUUGGAGUACUUGUCCUUCUUCUUGUCUUCAGGUAGUAUCUUUUGUGUGCUACAGAAAGAGAAGAUCACAGGAAGCUUCUAAAGGAAAAGAUGAACAGAUUCCUUUAUUAUUCAAAGAGACACCAUUCUACAAAACAUCUACUUUCCACGAGGCAUGUGAAUUUCUCAAAAACGAUGGGAAAAUUCUAUGUUUCAUAGGAAAAUGGGGUUCGGGGAAAUCGGCAACAGCUGAACAAGUUUAUACGUCCUUUACUGAAAGGGAACCGGUUGUUAUAAAGGACAUAUUGAAUUUUGAAGUGAGUACUUGUCAGGAAUCUGUCAUCGUAGAGGAACCGUUACCCAGUGAGGACGUUCCUGACGUUGAAAGAAGUGAUAUUCUUAAAAGAUUAAUCACUUUAUGCAAACGAACUCAGGAAACAUAUAAAAAUAAAACAUUUCUGAUUAUAACUUUCACAGACGAAGCUUGGAAAAAUAUUGCAAAGGAAAUGCACAAUUGUUCAUUUACAAUAAAUAAAUUACGUUCUUUUGGUUUGAAUUGGAAGGAUAUUUCAAAUGGAGAACGGAUUCAGAUCCUUCACACUAUUUUCCAAGCUUACAAACGAGAUACACCUUUCUCUACCGUUGAAAAAGUUGUCUUAAGAUUUAAGAAUUUGUACGUUGAAUUCCCAGAGAUCUGUACACUAUUUUUAGAUGUAGCGAAUUUCAGACACAUGAUAUUGUAUUCUUUAAUCGACCGCUACGUUAUUUAGCCUCAUAUUUAGAAAAAAUGUGUCUUGAUUCAAACAAGGAAGAACAAUUUCUUUUACUGGUGUAUAUGAGCGUUAAUGACAUGAAAAUAGAUAUAAACAAAUCGGAUCAAAAGCUGAGAGAAAUAUAUGAAUCAUGUGGUCUCAACAAUAUUGAUUUAAAGUCGCUUUUACCGCCAGAAGAAUUUGUAGUGAAAGAAACACCAUCAGUCUAUGUGUUACAGCAUGGAAUUAUAAAAAGAAUGUCACUCAUAACUUUUGGUAAGUUUCAUUUCUCGGAAUUGCUAAAGUUUUCAUCGAAGAAAGAUCUGCUUGGCUGGAUAAAACGCAAAAACACAAAACUUAUAGCACCACUUGUAAAAGGUGCCAAGGAAGCAUCAGAAAUUGAACCAGUCCUUGAAAUUAAUGACGAGCAAUGGAAUGAAUAUCUUAAGAAAAUAGAAUCGGCAGCCAAUCCGACUAUUGAGAUCUCGUGUAAAGAUGAAAUACCCCCCCAAGAUACUAGCUGACAUCUGAAACAUGCACGUAAGAGGGUCAUUCAAAAGAUACGUAAACAAUUGAUAUAUGCUAAUAUAUCUGACACUCGACGCUGAAAUAUUUUGGAAGCUUGCAUUUUUGCGAGAUGUAAUCGCUGAAAGAAAUAUAGUCCAAAGGGUGUAGUGAAGAAAGUCAAUUUGGGUUAUUCAUAUGGAAAAAUUAUGUAUACUUCAUCAUUGAAUUAAUGAUCACCUGAUUGUCACUAUCUAAUACAUUCAUUAUUUUUGCGAAUUGUUUUAAAUCGUCAAAAUGUAAUGAUCGAUGAUUGUUUUCGAAAUUAAAAAAAAAAUCAUUUUUCCAAUUCUUUGAUCAUAUUCUAAACAUGUUAUGUCAAAAAUCAAGUGUAACAUUUACCAGUGCUAAUAAGCCAAGUGUAAUAUUACCGUAUUUUCCCAUUUCAGAGGAUCUUUUUACUUUUUCUGAAAUUGGCUUAAUUUGAAUUAAAAGUUCAAAAGGAACCAUUUUACCAUUUUAAACUAAUGAUUUAUUUAUUUUAUUUGUUUGUUUGUACCUUGUUUAACGUCCCUCUCAAGAGUUUUUCACUCAUAUGGAGAUGCCGCUACUUGGAUGUGAAGAGCUGCAAAUUUUGACCUGUAUGGCCAUUUACUAGUGUUCAAUCUUUAUCAUGCCAGCACCUACUGCGACACAAGACCUGGUUUGGUACAGUCUCAUCCGAAGGACCGAUCUCCACGUUCCACAGUGCGAAACGAACCCGCGACGUAAGGAUUAACUCUUUACUU